AUGGGCCUGAACCUAGGCUAUGCAACCCGUGAGCAUGUCGCGGAAACUGUAGGCGCGGCUAGAAUCGGCAUCGUCUCUGAUCGUACUGGCCCAGCAGACUAUGAUGCGGACAUGCAACGGGCCAAAGCGCUCGGCAUCGACGCUUUUGCCCUCAACAUCGGCGUUGACCCGUACACCGACCAGCAGCUGGGCUUCGCCUACCAGUCUGCCGCCAACAACGGCAUGAAGGCUUUCAUCUCGUUUGACUUCAACUGGUACCACAUAAAUCAGGGCACUCAGGUCGGGCAGAAGAUCGCCCAGUAUGCCAACACUUAUCCUACGUCCCAGCUCUACGUGGACGGCAAGAUCUUCGCAUCGAGCUUUGCUGGAGAUGGAGUUGAUGUGAACGCAAUCCGCACCGCUGCAGGGGCACCGAUAUUCUGGGCCCCGAACUUUCACCCUGAGCAAGGUACCAACUUUAGUACCGUCGAUGGUGCUCUGAAUUGGAUGGCCUGGCCGAAUAACGGCAACAACAAAGCUCCUAGGCCAGGUCAUAAUGUUACAGUGGAAGAGGGUGAUCAGGCAUACAUUACAGCACUUGCCGGAAAGCCUUAUAUUGCUCCCGUCUCUCCAUGGUUCAGCACCCAUUUUGGACCGGAAGUACCGUAUAGCAAGAACUGGGUUUUCCCUGGAGACCUGCUUUGGUUCGAGCGAUGGAACGAGAUCCUGUCCCUUGCGCCACGCUUCCUUGAGAUUAUCACAUGGAAUGACUACGGGGAGAGCCACUAUAUCGGACCGCUGGCCUCGAAGCACACGGAUGACGGAAACUCCAAAUGGACCAACGAUAUGCGAGUGAACCCCCAUAGAGACUUCCAAGCGAUGCCAAGCUAA